AUUUUCAAAUGGAUUAUAAUCAAAAUAACUAAUAUGGAUAAGUUUCAGGUCAAUAAGGAGGAUAUCCCUAUUUUCAACCCCAACCCCAACCCUUGAAUUAAUAUAAUUAACCCUACCCUUAACCUCCUUAUCAACCACCAGCCCCAUAUUUAGACCCAAACAUUCCAGUUGGAUAACCAGUCGGUUAACCCUAAUAUGGAAACUACUAAUAACAGCCCGUAUAGUAAGGAAUUAUAUUAAUCCCAUCAAAGCUCAUCUGGAUUUGUGCAGAAUGGACCAGUUUAUACAGCAUCCCCUGUUUUACGAAGCGCAGAAGGAAUGAGAUUUCCAGUUUAAAUUUAAUGCCCAUAUUGCAAUUAAUAAGGAAUCACAAGAAUUGAAAAUAGAGUUGGAGAUGGGACCAUAUGUGCUUCUAUUUUAGUUUUAAUCUUUUGCUGGCCCUUAUUUUGGCUUCCUUGCUGUUUAGAAGAUUGUAAGGAUAGAGUUCAUCUUUGUAUUCAUUGUCAAAAGUGUGUUGGCAAAAAGAGGUAUGAGAUUUGUUGAGAACUUG